AUGGCAGCUUUGGUUGCCGGAAUUUUACCCAGUGAUGUUGUCAGGGAUGAUGCAGAUGUGCAGAUCGAGUCUAAACAAGACUCCAUCCUGAGCGUCCAGACCCCUGACCGGACCUAUCAGGUGAAGCUAACGCCUGCUGUGAGUCUGCUGGAGACGUCGUGCCAGAGGAGUCCUGGAAACACUCAACACGGAUCACACUUCAGACUGCGGCUCAAGGUGGAGCAGCCGACAGAAGCUCCUUGCAGUGUGAUUGGACAGCUGCGGGUCAAUGUGACGUACUCCUUCCUGUGCCAAUCUUGUGGCUCCAUGGUGCUUCAAGACAGGGCUUUUGGGCGAGUUCUUCCUUUGCCCAAUGGAAACUGGAAUGCAUUAGUGGACGACUGGUGCUGCCACCCAGAUCCCUUCGCAAACAAGAAGCUGCUCCCGCGAGAUGGAGACUGUCUGCUCGGGGACACGUUUCUUCUGUUGGCUCGGGACAGCAGCUGUGAGCAAACCCUCGUACGGGAAGAGAAAUCACUUCAGAAAGCCUCUGCAGAGCAGAAGCAUGGCAGCAAGCGUGUGAUGGUGUCCUGCAGGAGCUGCUCUGCGGCGCUGGGAGAGGAAGUCACUGCAGCUAAGGAAAGGGUGCUGAAGUUUUACAUAACUGAAAUAUUUGUAAAGCCACGUGAUGAUGGAGAGUGUAACACAAGUGUAACACAGUUCAGUUUAGAGUCCGAGCCUAAUUCAGAAAGGCAGCGAUUCUUGGAGCAAACUCUAGCGUCCCGGCUGGUCGAGCUGUCAUCCGCACAGAGUAUAUUUCGCUUUUCCAUCCAAACACCUGAUGACAUAGCUGUGAUUUUGCUGUGGCUUCUGAACACGGACUCUCUGGUCGCCUCAUUUCCCGACGCAGCAGCGAGGGCCGACAGCUUAAUCUCCGCAGACGACAAAGAGCAUCAGUCAUGCCGGGUCGUUAAAGCAGUCAAAGUGCUCUACAUCCUCUGCUCUGACAGAAAACUCAAAGAUGUUGUGGAUGUUUGGGAGAAGGACAUUAGUGUUCAUCCUUUGCUGCUCCCUCAGAGCUCAUGUGAGGAGCUCCAGAAGCUUCUGAUGUCCAGCACCUCUAGACUGCCUGCAUUCCUGCGCUGCAUGAACUCAUAUCAGGUGGCCUACAUGCGGAUGUGAUGCAUUGAGCUCAGAAACCACUGGAGCAGUUUAUCAUCACAGUGCAGCGACACAUGAAGUCA